CGGCAUUGUUCGGUAGGGCUGGUGUUAGCGAAAUUUCACUGUUGUUUUGAGAUAAAUAAGUUGUUAAAAUGAACCGCAUUUUCGGCCGAGGAAAACCACAAGGACCUCCUCCAAACCUCACAGACUGUAUAACAAAUGUUGAUUCCCGGGCAGAGUCCGUUGAUAAAAAGAUAGCUCGUCUUGAUGCUGAGCUGGUAAAAUAUAAAGAUCAGAUGAAGAAAAUGAGAGAUGGGCCAUCAAAGAACAUGGUGAAACAAAAGGCCAUGCGAGUUCUUAAACAGAAGAGAAUGUAUGAAGGUCAAAGAGAUCAGCUGAUGCAGCAAUCAUUUAACAUGGAGCAGACCAACUACACCAUUCAGUCCCUUAAAGACACUAAAACAACUGUGGAUGCAAUGAAGAUAGGUGCCAAAGAAAUGAAGAAGGCUUACAAGAACGUAAAGAUUGAUCAGAUUGAGGAUCUGCAGGAUCAGAUGGAGGACAUGAUGGAAGAUGCUAAUGAGGUACAGGAGGCCCUGAGCCGCAGCUAUGGAACACCAGAUAUUGAUGAGGAUGACCUAGAAGCAGAACUGGAUGCACUUGGAGACGAGUUCCUUUUGGAUAAUGACAGCUCUUACCUAGACGAGGCCGCUUCAGCUCCAGCUAUACCAGACGGAGUGCCCGGAGAGAAAAGCGUCAACCGGGAUGGAGUGCUGGUGGAUGAGUUUGGACUUCCUCAGAUUCCAGCAACAUAAGAGGAAAUGUAGUAGUACAUCACUACAUUGUAUUACUUUGCUACGCAUUUUGCAUCAUGGCGUCUGACAUCCAAAAAGACUGGGAUUUUUGCAUUUAUAUUUUUCUGUUAAACAGGUUCAUAUCACCCUGAGAUUAGAAACCAUAGGGUCAAGAAAAGGCAAUCCCAACUGUAAACACAGCCAGUCUCUUCUGAUUGAUCCUGCUUAUUUUCUUGCUUUACAAGAAAUGUACUUACUCUCUAAUGAAUGGUUAGGAAUAAUUAAGGUCUCUAGUUAUGGCUUAUUUCUGUUUAAUUUACUUUAUGAUCAGUUCAUUUCUUUACAAUGUUUUUUAAAAGAAGUACCUCGUUGACUUUGUACAGCAACAAUGUGUUGCCAACUAUUGACAAAUAAAUUAUUCUAUAUUUGAA